AUGCCAGACACUAUGGCUUCGACCACUCUCUCAGCCAAGAUUGCCUCCUCCGCGCUGCUCGGCUCGUCCGCGCAGCUCUCCAGCAAUGCCACCCUCUCGGGCGCAAAGCUCCCCGGAGCUCCCCCCGCGGGCCGCGCGCGCGUGACGUGCAUGGCGGAGGACCGCUGGGCGGCGCUGGGGCGCGACAUUUCCGACGACCAGCAGGACAUCACGCGCGGGAAGGGCAUGGUGGACUCGGCGUUCCAGGGCGGAUGGGGACAGGGCACGCACGCGGCGGUGCUCAGCUCUUACGACUACAUGAGCCAAGGCCAGCGCAAUCUGAGCAACGUCACCGCCGAGGGCCUGUACAUCGCCCCCGCGUUCAUGGACAAGAUGGUGGUGCACAUCUGCAAGAACUUCAUGCAGCUGCCCAACAUCCGCGUGCCGCUCAUCCUCGGCAUCUGGGGUGGCAAGGGCCAGGGCAAGUCCUUCCAGUGCGAGCUGGUGUUCGCUAAGAUGGGCAUCAACCCCAUCAUGAUCUCCGCGGGAGAGCUCGAGAGCGGAAACGCCGGAGAGCCCGCCAAGCUCAUUCGCCAGCGUUACCGCGAAGCUUCCGACCUGAUCAAGAAGGGCAAGAUGUGCGCGCUGUUCAUCAACGAUCUCGACGCGGGCGCGGGGCGCAUGGGCGGCACGACGCAGUACACGGUGAACAACCAGAUGGUCAACGCCACGCUCAUGAACAUCGCCGACAACCCCACGAACGUGCAGAUGCCUGGCAUUUACAACAAGGAGGAGAUCAACCGAGUGCCCAUCAUCGUGACAGGCAACGACUUCUCAACGCUCUACGCGCCGCUCAUCCGUGACGGACGCAUGGACAAGUUCUACUGGGCGCCCACGCGCGAAGACCGCAUCGGCGUGUGCAAGGGAAUCUUCCGGGAAGACAACGUGUCCGAGUAUGACGUCAUCCAGCUCGUCGACACCUUCCCCGGCCAGUCCAUUGACUUUUUCGGGGCUCUGCGCGCUCGUGUGUACGACGACUUGGUCCGUAACUGGGUGGGCUCGAUCGGGAUCGAGAACAUGGGCAAGAAACUGGUCAACUCCCGCUCCGGCCCUCCGGAAUUCGAAAAGCCGAGCAUGCCGCUGGCUACCCUCCUGGAGUACGGGCACCUGCUGGUCUCUGAGCAGGAGAAUGUAAAGCGUGUGCAGCUUGCUGACACAUACCUCAACGAGGCGGCCCUUGGAAACGCCAACGCUGAUGCUAUCGCCCGGGGAACCUUCGACGGAGGCAGGACUCCCCCUGUUGUUCCCCCGACUCCCGCUGCGCCCAGUGCUGCUGCUGCUCCGCCUGCUCGCGCUGCUGCGCCGGCGCCCGCUGCAGGGGGGGCGGCUGGGCUGGAGGGCAAGUCGCUGGGGGAGCUGCGGGCGCUGGCCAGGCAGAGGGGCGUGCGGGGGGAUACCAAGGCGGAGCUUAUUAAGGCGCUUUCUGCUGUCCCUGCUGCUGCUGCUGCUCCUGCUGCUGCUCCUGCUGCUGCUGCUCCUGCUGGCAACGGUGCUGCCAAGCAGAGCUCAUUGCGCUACUCUCGAAAUAGGAACGUGGCACACAUCCCACUUAAUAAUUUUUCAUUAUCGUGUUCCUAG